AUGGAGCCCGUGGGCGAACACGAAGCUGCCGAGGCGCCGGCGUCGCUUCUGCCGAAAGAUAGCGCGGGAGGUUUGACGACCGAUGGGACGCUGGGAGGGGUGGUGGUCAAGAUCGGGCAAGCGCACACCCGGAGGGACUCGAGGCUGCUGACCAAGCGGGAAGGCUCUGGGUCCGCCUAUGGGGCGAGCAGGGGUUACGGCAACGCCGGGGGCGGGGCGGGGGGGACGCGGUGGCUGGAGAGCAGCAACCACAGCUCGAUGACCUACAGCAGGCGUAUCUCGGCGGUGGGGACCAUCUUUGAAAGCCCUCACAUCUCCGUCGGGACCCAGAUAGUUCUGGUGGCCCCAGCGUUUCUGUACGCGAUGGCGGUGGUCAUGUGGCUCUCUCAGGACGAAGACAUCGAGUUUGCCAGGGAGUUGGCCCCGGUGUCGUUUGCGUCGUUGUGCGUCCACCUGUUCGCAGCGGGAGAGAUCCCGUACCUGACCUUCUGGGAGGUGGUGCACUACUGGUUCCACGCGGCGUGCGAGGUGCUCGUGGCCAACGAUUACACCAGAAAGAUAGGCAAGAGGAUAAUAAUAAUGAAGAAAGAGUGUGUGACAUAA